GCGCCUUCAGUCCAUCGAGGGUCUUCGUCAAAAUUGCAUCCCUCUGCCGACGGCGCGUCCUCCGGUUCGAAAGAGUGUCUCGAGUGUCUGGUAAACAUUUCUCGAGUUAACGAGGGGAAGUGAACGACGUGAGAAAGGGACAAAUAGCUCGACGAGAUCAUGUGGAGGGUUCUGAUCACCGGAUUUUGCACGAUCGCCGCCGCCGUUGCCCAGGAUUACGAGGUCUCGGACAUUCAGUGCAGCGGCGCGGGAUCGGCGGCCGAUCUUCUGACAGCGAAGAUCAAAAGGCCGGUCGGCUUCAGAGGCGCGCCGCUCUUCGCGGACGACAGAUCGGCGAAUCCGCUCGCCGACAUCCACUGCCAGAUCAGGCCGGACCCGAACGAUCCCCAAGAGGAUAACUACUUCCUGAAGGUGACUGACUUCUCCCGAUGCGGCAUCCUCAAGAGAAACGGAUUCAUCCACCUGCGAGUGUGGUUCCCCGCCUUUCCCGGCGUGGUGAUGCUCGCUGACCAGGAGUUGAUUCUGAUGUGUCGACCGCCCGAGCCGACGCUGCUGAGGCACAAGGCUGCCGGUUUCGCCGGCACUUUGGUUAAUCGUUUCAGUCCACACGGCGCCAGGGUGUCUGGGGUAGUGGAGGAGACGCCGGGCCGUCUCGAGUACGAGGUGGCUCUUUAUCGCGAGGCGACCGGCAACGUGUCCGAUAAUUCACAGACGGUCGAUCAGGCGGUGCCGAUCGGCACGAAGCUGCAGCUGCGCGCUCGCAUUAGCCCGGACAGCGCCUGGGGUUACAUCAAGCUGCUGGAAGUGACGGUCAGCCCCGACCCGGAUCAGCCCCACGCCCCCGGCAGCGUCGUACUCGUGAAGGACGGCUGCAGAAAUCGCGAUUUUGCGUCCAUCAUUCCACAUCAGCCGGCGAGGUACCGUGAGCGCAAGAACGAAGUCUUCCUCGACUUCGAGGCCUUCUUGCUGAGCUCGAUGAGGGAGCGUUCCACCCUCUGGAUCCAUUCGCAGAUUAAGGCGUGCAUGGAGCCGCAGGAUUGUCAACCGGAUUUCUGUCUCGAUCUUUUCGAACCUUCCGGACAUGAAAAAAGAAAGAGAGCCGUCGAGGCGAAUGUUGAGGUAUCAGGCGAGUUCCUUCCAAAGGUCGAGCGUUUGAUCAAGAGGUACAACGAUUCCACGCCAUACACAAAAUUCAAAGAAAACAUUGAGUAUACAGUCAUGAUGCCCGAUGACUUGUACGACAAAGUGACGGCCGGCCUCGAAGGUAGCUGCGGAAGUUUUCUCUACGUGGCGACGGGAUUGGGUGCCCUACUGGUGCUAUCGGCCUUUAUCAUGUGUUACUUGGCGUCGCGUCUUCACAACUUGUCCUCAACGGUGCAGCAGAACAAGUCCAUCGACGAGCUUGUCCGAGAUCGCACCAGGAAAUAUUGCGACACCACGCCCGGGUACACCGGUCGUUCGACGGUGCAAUAAAGCGACGGGCGAUCGAAAGAGAUGCAUAAAUCACUCUCGCGUCGAAUGCUCCUCGCGAGGUGUACAUUGUAUCAUACGAACGUUGCAACGUGGAUACGCGUAUCGUAUCGUAUAUAAUUAACGUAACGUUACCUCGAGACUAGAAUGUUUAUUUGCUAGGCUCGGAAGGAGGGCAAUGUCAUAUUUACGAGCUACUUGACUGCUCGCCUGAAAAACGCGAGAUACCUGUCCCACUUCAAUGAUGAUGUAUCUUAACGUUGCAUUAUUGAUAUAGUACGAUACGAUAGUCGCAUUGCGGUCUUAUCAAGAAGCGAUCUUUCAGCUACGAGAGAAAAAUAACAUUCAGACGAGCGAACGAUAUUGCCCACCGUGAAAUAAAAAUAAUUCUCGCGAAUAUGUCUGGUGGCAAACGAUUGUACUUCCCGUGUAAAAUAAAAUUAAUUUAGUUAACGAUGAACGAGAUGUGAAAAUAAAUGGAGAAUUUAUGAGUAGAAUUUAUCGGCGGAUUUGACGAUCUGCUGCGAUUUACAAUAUUGAUAAAGAGUAGACUACGUGACGUGGCCUCAGCAGGAGGCACUUUUCGAAAAAUUCUUCUAUACGAAUAUAUAAAAAGUUUCUAUAUCUUUUGUUUAAUUUUUCAUUUUAUGACUUUCCGAUUCUAG